CAGCCCUAACAGCUCAACGGCGCAAUUUACACUGAUGCCACAUUUGGUCAAGGCAGUGCAAAAGGGGUGGAGUCUUUUUCUGACAAACUUUGUGCUCUAUUUCACACUUACACUAUCUCAACAGAAGAACAGCCAUCAGCGUUUUCCCUCCACUAAGGCAGCAAUCACCCCCGGUGGUCUACAAUGAAGAUGCGGAGACAGUUGAGGAAAAAGUAUAUUGCCAUCCUCGUCCUUUCUGCCACAUUCCUGCUCUGCACGUACAAGCCGUUGCAGGACACCUUAAAGGGCUGGACGUCACCAGCAGUCAAGCUUCUACUAUCUAAACACCAGAAACAUCAUCCGGCUUACAUGGAUAAGCUACUGAAUGCUUCUUGUCCUCAUUAUAAAUCUUCUCUGGGACGAGAUUCGUCUUUCGUGACAGUCAAGCAGACAAAAACACUGCUUAUAUCAGCUUAUCUGGAGCACCGCACUAAAGAAAAAGAGGUUCGUGUGAUUUCAGUGGUGCUGCGGAGCCAAUCAGUAGCCUAUAUCUGCAUCUUAUGCUGCCAGGGGCUGCGGUACAUCUCUGAGGGUGUCAGCCACAUUAACAGUGAUCACUUUGGCUUUCCCUACGGGACCGCCGACAUCAUGUGUCCCCUCCCUUUGGGCUGCCAGACACCAUCUCAUAUAGCUGUUAUCACUGAUGUACCCAAAGAUGAAGAUAAACUUGAGUUUCUGGAAAUUCAAAAUCAAAAUCCCAAGAGUGAUUCCUUUCCUUAUAACUUCACUGUCUGUCUCUCCACCAUGUUUGAUUUCACCAACGUGCUUCAGCUGGUACAGAGUUUAGAAAUGUUUCAGUUACUGGGAGUCAACAAGGUGGUCGUCUAUAAGACCAGCUGCAGCGCUGAGACGCAGCUUAUACUGGACUACUACACACACAAAGGUUUACUGGAAGUGAUUCCUUGGUCUCUAUCCAGGUUUUUUAAAGUGUCUCGCGGCUGGUUGCCUGAACACGGUCCUGGUGAACUUCACUACUUCGGCCAGAUGCCUGCUCUCACUGACUGCCUUUACAGAUACAUGUACCGGUCCAAAUAUGUGGCCAUGCAGGACAUUGAUGAGCUCAUUCUGCCUCAAUCAGUCAACAGCUGGUUGGAGCUGUUACCACUACUGGAGAAGAAGUACGGGCUCGACAAGUGUUACAAGUUUGAGAAUAAUGUGUUUCCCAACAACGUCCCACUGCCUCCUCUCGCCCCACAAACACUGCCUCCACAAGGCUGCUGGAAAAACAUAUCUGGGGUGAACAUCCUGGCUCAUCUACACCAGGAGCCCAUCGGGUUUUGGACUUGGUAUCAAAACUUCAAGAUCAUCGUGAGCCCCCGAGCUGUGUUCACCCCAACCGUUCAUGGGGUGCUAAGCUCAGAGAGAGGCUGUACUUGGGUUGAUAGGAACAUAGCACGGCUGUACCACACAAGAGCUCAGAAACAAACACGACUGACACCAGACCAGCUGAUUUAUGAUGGCCGACUACUGAGUUACAGCGCACCCCUUGUACCAGCUGUUAAUACGGUGCUGAAAGAAAGUGGACUUCUACCAAAGAACAGCAUAUGCUAGGCUUUUUGUGUGUUUACGCAACUGUACUACAAGAAGAAUUUGUAUUGAUCUACAUUUUUUGACACCUGUUGAUUAACUUCAGUCAAUGGAAAAAUAAAUGAAUAAAACAGGACAUAAUAGAAAAAAGAAAACCUCUUUUCAUUUGAUAUACUCACUUAACAAUAUGGAAUCAGCAGCACAAAAGUUUUAGAAUAUCACAAGCUUAAAUCUAUUAUGUGUAAAAAAAUAAAAAAAAUACACCAUUAACCAA